AUGCCGUCCACUCUCCGCAUCUCCAGCCGGCCCCUCGUCUCGCUCGCCGUCCGGGGCCGGACAAUCCACAGCACACCGCGCGCGCCGCGCCCCUACAAGGAUUCGCAGGACCGGGAGUCGCUCCAGCCGCGUUCGGCCGAGAACACAAAGUCGGGCCGGGACGACGAGCUGGCAGGCUACGGCGACGCCGCCUUCGACCCGCACAAGACCAAGCCCGAGCCGGAGGGGCGGAUGGCCGGGGCGCGGUCCGACGGCAAUCCGCUGGAGGCCAGCGGGGCCAACCAGGAGCUGAGCAAGCCCAGGGGCGACGAGAAGUCCAAGGCGGACCGGGGCGCGGGCGACGAGGUGCGCAAGGGGGGACGCAGUGGCAGUGGAAAUGCGCCCAAGAAGGGCGAGCCGGGGAGGGUGUAG